UUAGCCGUGGUCCGUUUCGAUUCCUCCUAGCCCCUUCUCAGAUGCCUUUCCAGCUACGUACUACAGUACAGUACUGACAGCUGAGGCAAAUAGUUUAGUUUAGCGAACACGCUGACCCGUUUCGGUCCUAACUUAUUCAAAGGAGCUCUCAACCACGCGCCUGGAUGCAUGUUCCGCUAGUCUCGUCGCAUUACCAGCUGUUUUCCAGGACAUGCCAACCCAGCUCCCAACCAUUAGUCAGUCGCAUAGUCGCGAGAGUGGCGAAACCGACGACAUAUGCGAAAGCCACUGGGAGAAUGGGGUUACUUCGGUCCAUUCGCCGGUGAACUUCACAAUGACGAAGAGAGAGCGAGCGCUGCAGAUGUGCGGCGUGCUUAGCGCUAACCGAUUCUGUAGAAUGGGAUUUCCGGACCGAGACGCGGGGGAAGAUGACGAGGAAGCGCAAAAGGUGGGGGGUUCGGGAGGCGGUUCGAGCAAAGCUAAGAAGGAUGCGAUGACGAAUAAGGCGAAGCCGGAGGGAGCGGAAAAGGAAGCGGGAGCGGGAGAGGGAGCGGAUGAGGGAGCGGAGGAGGAUGACGCGCUGCUGGUGAAGCCGCCGUCGAAGCGACAGCAGCUGAUGCUGCACUUCCAAUCCCCCGUUUUUAUCACACGUCUAGUAAUGAUGGCGUUUCUCGUGAUCGUGGUGGUUGUGCUUACCGUCGGCACAUGGUACGCCGCGAGAACCGUCUACAGCCAAUCGCUUGAUGCGGUCGCGCUUCAGCUGCGCGAAAAGACCCUAGUAGGCGUGCAGGAGCAGUUUCUGCUGUACAUAAACCGCGACCGCGACGUGCUCGUGUCGUUCUCCUCCGUUCUAGAGACCACCUUCCGGCAGCUGGGCGUGUGGAACCUAACCCUGAACGAUAACCUCAGACUGGUCCGUCCCCUAGUCUGGUCCUUUUUCAAGAGCUCCCUCCCGCACAUCACCAACCUCGGCUUCUACGGCAUGGCCGGCCCCUGUGUGACAUACGCGCAGUACGACGUGGCAAAGCAGUCCUUCGCCUCACAGGACGGCUCCCUCUCCAUGGUCUACUCCUCCAACAUCCUCACUAACUCCACCGCCCCCUGGUUCGUCCUGCCCGUAAACACCUCCUCCGGGCUGCCCGCAAACAAAACGCCCACGCCGUUCAAGCCGCUGCGGCUGGGCUCGAUCGAGCUCUACCGGCAGAUCGAGAGCGGGAAGGAGAACCUUCUGUGGACGUUCAACGCCAUCCAGGACCUUCCAGGCCCGAUGCUGGUCGCAAGCAUGGCGGUGCACGACGCUGGGGGCUCCACCCCAGUCGGCGUGGUCAUUCUGGGGUCCUCUGUGGGCAUAGUGAACCGGUUUCUGGGCCAGGGGUCGAUCGAGGGGUGCGUGAUGUACAUCGGGAGCUCCGAGGGGUUCCUGGUGGCGACCUCAACGGGCACAGCCACGUCUGCCCCCACCACGGACGGGCGCCUGCAGGAGUUCGUCAACGCGACGGACGUGGCGGAUGGCACGAUUGCGGGCGUGGCAGGGCAUUUGGAGCGGGAGUACGGGCUGGCGGCGCUGGUGGCGGGGAAUUAUAGUCUGAGCAAUGUGGAGGUGGCGGGGAGGGCGUGGUACGUCAGCAGCAUGGGCUUCGCGGUUGAUAACCUGAGACUGUACCUGGUGAUAAUCCUCCCGCGCUCGUCCAUCAUGGGCACGGUGGACCAGGAGAUGGAGACGAUGAUCAUCGUGACCUCGUGCGUGGCGGUGGGGCUGCUGCUGCUGGGGUGGGUGGUGGUGAUCUUCCUCACGCUCUACGUGGACACGCGCAUGCGCCCCAAGGAGGAGCUGCAGCGCCAGAAGGAGGAGACUCAAAGGGCGCAGGCGGCCUCCGAGGUCAAGAGCCAGUUCCUGGCGAAUAUCUCGCACGACCUCCGCACGCCCAUGGCUGGGAUUCUUGGUCUGUUAGACAUCAUGCUGUGCGACCACCUGACGGCGGAGCAAGAAGCCAACCUGCGGCAGAUGAAGUCGUGCUGUGCUUCCCUACUCGGUCUCCUCAACAACCUGCUGGACCUGGCCAAGGUGGAGGCGGGCAAGAUGCAGCUCGAGGUGCUCGAAUUUGACAUCGUGGGCGAGCUCGAGUCCCUCGUCGACAUGUUCUCCGUUCAAGGAUUGAGCAAUGGGACCGAGAUUGCGCUGGACCUGUCGGAUGAUAUCGAGCGGACUGUGAAAGGGGACCCGUCGAGAGUGCGGCAGGUGUUUGCCAACCUGCUCAGCAACGCGUGCAAGUUCACGAGGAACGGGCAGGUCAUUGUGAGGGGGUGGAUGAGACACAACCCGCCGCCCCACCUUCGAGACUCGGACCUGUCGAUACCCGGGGAGAAGAAGCGGGCCAUUCACAGCCCCAACCUUGAUGCUGACGGCUCUGCAGGCGGCGCCACAGCAGACACAGCAGGAGGGGCGGCCGCAGACGUGUCUGAAGCUGCAGCAGCGGCAGGAGCAGCAGCAGCAGCAGGGGGGGGAGGAGGGGCGGUGGGAGGGGCGGUGGGGAAGGAGGGGGGGGUGCGGGAGCGGCGGAUGGUGACGUUCAUGUUUGAGGUGGACGACACGGGCCCGGGCAUUCCCGCGCACAAGAGGAGCCUCGUGUUUGAAAACUUCCAACAGGCAGACGCCUCCACCAACCGCACCCACGGGGGCACGGGGCUCGGCCUCGGGAUUGUCAAAUCACUGGUGCAACUGAUGGGCGGGCACAUAGCUGUCGUCGACAAGGAAGGCCAGGGUGCGCGCUUCCGCUUCGACCUGCGCUUUGAGGCGCUGGACCACAGCAGCGUGUGGAAGAACAGCAUGCUGCAGCCCGAGUUCCUCCUGCCCAAGCUCACCACCGUCGAGGGCGGCCAGGUGCUCCUCGCCAUGAGGGAAGAAUCCGCCGGCGCCGCCAUCGCGUGCGCGUGGCUGGAGCGCAGGAAGCUGCACGUGUGGCGGGUCACGCAGUGGGGAGACAUCAUGCCGGCUGUUUCGUCCAUGCUGGUGCAUAGAGCGUCCGACCGGGCGGGCUUGCAGCCGAGAGGGACACGGUCGAUGGUGGGUUUCUCGGCGCCGCUGGCCCAGUCGUUCCAGCCAGGGAGAGAGGGGAGCGGGAGGGAGAGGAUGGGGGGAGGUGGUAGCGGUGGGGGAGGAGCGGGAGGAGCGGGAGGGGGAGGGGGGAGGGAAGGGGCAUUUAGUCCGAUUCCUGAGGGAGACGGGAAGGGGCACCAGCAUCAAGGGGCAUCGUUUAGGGAAGGGGGAGGUGCCACCAGCACUGGCGCUGCUGCUGCUGGCCCGGCGGGGCUGCCUCGCCCCACCACUCCCCGAGACCGCGUUCCGCCGAGCCAACCCUAUGCCGCAGGCUCGUUAAACAGCCCUGUUCCUGGAUCGGUCCCAAGCCCAGCAACAUCUGCAGCACCAAGUAGCGCAGGUUCGGGCCGAGCCAUGUCCUCAGCCUCGGCUAGCUUCCGAAGGUCCUUCGGGGAGUCGGGCAGGGUCAAUAGCCCCGGAAUGGUGGGGGACGAUGGUGCAGGUACCCCCGGUGGCACCAGCUCCGGCUCAUCCAACUCCCGGCUAGUCCUCGCGAUAAUCGAUGUGUCCCUCGUCCCAAACCUCUACCAGUUCAUAGCCGAGGAGCUGCACAUAUUCCGAGCCAGGCUGCAGCACCAGGGGUUUGUGAUCGCAUGGCUGGUGGAGCACAACACGUCGGCUGACACUAGGAGGUCCCUGAGAAGGUCGGGGUGUGCCGUGGCGUCGAAGCCGCUGUACGCAUCAAGGAUGGCGCCGCUGCUGGCGCUGGCCACGGCGAGGAACGGCGUGGCGCACUCCAGCUCAAGUAUUGACAUGCCGCCGCUGCCCGGCGGAGGGCCGGGGAGGCGGGAGCAGGGGGGAGGGGGAGGGGGAGGUGGAUCGGGGAGUGGUGGGGGAGGCUCGGGGCAGCACUGGCAUGGGGAGGACUCGAGCUGGUCGCUGCCCCCACCAGUGGAGGAGGAGGAGGUGCAGCCCGCGGACAAGCAGGCAUCCACCCUGCCAGCUGGCGGCUCUGCCACGUCAGCCGCUGCUGGAUCGCGCAUGGCGCUGCCCUCCCCGGCGUCGCUGGCAGCAGCAGCAGGGGGGGUAUCACCUGCUGCUAGGCGAAUGGGAGGGGGGGCAGCAGGGGGGGCGGGAGGGGCAAGCGAGAGUCAUAGGGAUGGGGGCAAGGGGUCAACGCACAGAGUGGCGCGCACUCGGUCGAUCAAGCAUUCGCCUGGCGCAGCAGGGGAGGGCAAUUUUGAAAAAGCGCUGGCGGGCAAGCGGGUGCUGAUAGCUGAGGACACUGCACUGCUGCGGAAGGUGGCCAUAAUCCGGAUGCAGAAGCUGGGGUGCGAGGUGGAGGCGGUGUGUGAUGGGCAGCAGGCAGUUGACACCAUUCUGGCCACAUACAAGGCUGCAGAAGAGGCACAGGGCGAGACAGAGGGAGGGGCGGCCAGGCGCUAUGACGCUGUGCUCAUGGACUGCCAGUGGCGCUGACCGCACAUGCCAUGACGACUG